AUGGCAUGGACCGCAGCUUUGGUGAAGUUGGCGUCGGUGCAGCUAACCCGAAGCCCGCUGGCCGGGGGGUUCGGAAUCGGCGGCACGCAGGAGCUCCGCAUGCCCGAUGUGCACGGGAUCGAGACACUGGUCCCCCCCGCGGCACCGCAGCAGCCCGGACGCCCGCCACCACGUUACCGUAACGACGGCGCGCAACAGGAGGCACCACCCGAAGAUACCCAUCCUCGCGACCGCCCCCCGCUCUUCGACGGAGGAACGAGCAGCGAUGCGUGGGGCGUACCGGCCGGGAGUGCCACCGACCUGUUCGACAAACUGUACACAGACCGCGAGCAGGAGUUGGAGGAGCUGCGGAAGGGUGUGGAGCGCUUGGGGCUGACUGAUGAAGGGGAGAACCUUGACGCAAAAGUGGCCCGCUUGGGGAGUCAUGAUCACUCGCCCCGGGCUGCGACCGAAGACAAAAAACCCGCAGUGAACUGCAACUUUCCGAACGAUCCACGACUGCUGCUAGUGGAGUAUGAUCAGUGCGGUACAAAAAACUUCUUUUCACGACCUGCUUUUCUUUAUGUGCUGCAGAGCCUGGAAGAAAAAGUGUAUGUUUGUCAUGCACGGCUCCACUCAGUCUCAGACUGUGACUGAGCGCACGUGCAACUCGUGGAGUGGUUGAAUAUGGACGGUUUAUGUAGACCACUGUGGUUUUUGUGUCCUCUGAACUUGCUGUUUUGGACGAGAACAGUAUCGCCGCUGUUUAAAGGGUCCUUAGUUUGGAUUCGUCCGUUGAUGUUUGAAUUUACACUUUCAGGUCCUUUGACACCUACUCCAAUGUUGCUGUUCGGAACGAUUUGGGUAUGGGUAACAGCGAUCGCGCCCGGUUUUUUAGGGCUUGUCCGCGGUUACCGUUCGGGCGGCUGUUCAAGAAUUACGCAGCAGUUUCGCGAGGUCAUGCAAGUGCUGACGCAUUGGGGUAAGACGAACAAGACAUUGCUAUCUCUGAUGAUUUUGUAUGUAAGUACUCAAAAUGUAGUGAUGCAGCUUCCACACAUCCAUGCAAAAACAGACGCACAAGAAUGAUUUGAGUUGUGCAACGCAUUAGCGCAAUUGCCUACCUGCUUCAAAAGCGUAAAGAUGUUGAUAAGUACUUCCAUAUACAGGUGUCUCGCCCGGCAGCAGCAUCAAAGACGUACGAGUUCGGCUACGCCAGCAGGAAAUGGGAGCUGCGGCGGGGAUUACUGAGCGCCGUCUGAACAUCGGGCAGGGAAACACGGUACAAUGACAUGCGAUCGGAUUCGAACUCUGCCUGUAGAAAUAAAAGACACCGAGACCGACGAAAACAUUGUUCGUGAAAGAACACUACACAGAUCUUCAUGCGAAUCUGGAUUAAAUCGUUAUCGGUCUAUUCCGUCGCGCUCGUGUUGAACAACGACAAACGCAUACUCACAUCGUGCUAUGCUGUACUAGAAAAGGGACGGUCUUUCUUGUGCCUGUACGAAUUACAUUAUUGGCAAAGCAUCCACUUCAGGUAUUGGACCUCCGUCGGGAGAUUGCGCGCAUUACAGGGACUGAACAGGACUUGUGGCAGGUGUGGCGGCUGAACCCGGCAGCGCCACCUCAUUUGCUGCAUGACUCGGCGCAGCUGGACUCUCUGUCGGAAACGCGCCGGGCGAUACUUGUUUUCGACCUUGAUGAGGCGGAGCGACGCAGAUCGGGGGGUUGGACGGGGCGCGUGGGCGCUGUGGGGCGAGGAGCAGAGCAUUCCGUGCGCGCCGCGUCCAGCGCAGCUUCGAGUAGCGGCGGCAGGUCUUCGUCGGAUCAAGAUCGUGGCGCAGAGGAGGCGGGAAAUCGAGCAGAGCAAGGCCUUGUACAAGCUGGACAGAUGAGUCACAUCCCGGUCUUGGCGGGACACCACGCAAAUAAUUCCGAAGGUGCCUCUAAGUAGAAUACUUUUUCACAAGAGAGAACUUCCUGAGGUUUUUGGAACGGCCGAGAAUUUUUGCGAUUUUUUGGUGUGAAUAUUCUACGCUUCGCUAGUACUACUUCAGAUCGCUUGACUCUAUCUUGGCGAAACAGAAAGUUAACAAGAAGUCAAGAUGAUGAAUUAUUCAUGUACAUACGUUCGCAUAAUAAAACAGCUGAUCUACCGUUUCAACCCGAGCAACGGAACUACAACAACCUGCCGAGUUCGUCCUCGUCGUCAUCCCUGGCUUCCCAGGGCCAAAGCCAAGUGGACAACCUUUUCGACCAGCACUCUCUGCACCACGGGAGUCUCAACAACGCGUCUCACUUGCACCAGCCAUCAGUGCCUGCCGACUUUGCUGCGACGAGACCGGCUCCCGCAGCUUCGGCGGGUAGUCCUCUGGGGCUCUCCGCUGGAGCUGCGAGCGCUGCUGGUGGGCCAGGCGGCGUUUCCCUGUUGACCACAGCCCAGCGUGAACAGCUCUCGCAAUUUGGGAC